UUUGGUAAAUCACCUGAAAAUAUUUUAUGUGGACUUUGAUUAAUGUAUUGAAUGAAUUCAAUAUAAAAGAAUUAAGGAAUAUUACGAAAUUGAGUGCAUUUAAUAAUGCUUACAAUGACUUCAAUAGAUAUAUAUUUUACAAACAAAAAGGUUUAAAUAUAAAAAGAACCAUUUUAGCAAAAAAUCAAAAUUUUCAGUAUACUGCAUUCAGAUCAUACUCGAAUUAUAAAAUUCAUAUUCCUUUUUUAUGGCCAGAUUUUAGUUUAGGGCAUGUUGGAUUUAAAGAUCCUAGAUUUCCAUUACCCGGUUUAAUAGGACUUAAGGAGAGUAUUGACAAUGCUAAAAAAUUGAAAAAAGGAAAAAAAAUUGACAUAAAAAAUGAUUUAGAUAUGAUUAUUAGAAAUGAAACUAAUUUAACACCUAAUGAUUUAAAUAAUAAUGUGUCAAAACCUGCUAUCACAUAUAAAAUUAUGACUGCAAUGGAAAAUAUAUAUAAUAUUAAAUUGCCAUUUGAUCAUCAAGUAUUAACUAUCUUCUUAGCAGAAACUUACCUGAAUUAUUAUGAGAAACAAUAUAUCACAAAACAGUUUGCCUCUAAUGAUAACAUAUAUAUUCAGUGUAAAAUUUAUAACUGUCCAGAAUUAAUAAAAUAUGACUUGAAUUUUUUAUUUCCUCAUCUUUGUUUUGGACAAAACUUUUAUAAUUCACCAUUAACUGCUAUUGUUUUAUCCUUGGAAGAAACAUUAGUUAAGUCUAAGAAAAAUGAAAACCUAAAACACAAAAAAAUCUCAAAAAUUAAAAAGAACAAAUCACUAAGAGAUUAUCAUAAAAUGCAGAUUACAAAUUUAUGUAGAAAUCUACAAACUUCAGGAUAUUGGUCAGAAUAUAUUGAACUUCAUCAUAAACAAAUGAACCUAAUGACAAAAAGGAUAGGAGGAACAUUCUCGUUUUCUGAUGACAUGCUAGCUUCUUGUAAUGAUCCUAAUUAUCAUUUUAACCAUGUCAUCCCUUCCACAGAGAUAAGGGUCAAGAGUUCCUAUAAUAAUGGGCAUAUUUUGAUAAACGACACAGCAGAGUGUAAAGUUAUUGAAUAUCACCACAAAUCUUAUGGAAAAUCAACACUAGCUAAGUCAAGAAUCCAUUUCCAGGCCAUUAUUUUUACCACCGCACCCAUAUACGGAAAAGUGCUCAAACGAAUUAUUAAAGAAAACUUUAUUUAAAAAAAACUAAUAUUAAAACCUAAUAAUUUUAUAAUGCUGUUUUAUAUUUCGUUUGCCUGGUCAAUUAAUUGACAUGCUUUUAUUAUAUAAAACAGCCAGUGAAACUAGAAUUAUUGUUUAUAUGAUGGAAAUUGGUACCCUUAAAUAUUUUUUUAUAUUGUAUAUAUACUUUGUGAUAUAAAUAAUAUAAAUUAU